AUGGUCAGUAUUGCCGCUGACCUUAAAGACUCGAUUAACGCCCAAUUUGUCCUUCUUCUUCGUUCAACACCGUGUUCAUACGCUUUCUCAGAUUCCUCCAAAGCAAGCUUCGUCGAUCUUCCUCAGCACGAAUUUCGUUUCUAUAAGAUUCUCACUGCAAUGGACACGAAAUCUCUGGCGAGAUCGAAGAGAGCUCACACUCAACACCACAGUAAGAAAUCGCAUUCGGUUCAUAAGCCGAAUGCUCAAGGAGGAGUUCCCAGAAAUCCUGAGAAGCCGCAAGGAAACCAAACCGCGGCUCCGAAAACAAAGAGUCCGGUUCAAUCUCGACGAAUCUCUGCACUCCCGUCGAAUUGGGACCGGUACGAUGACGAAGAACCCGAUUCCGGCUUGGAAAAUGCGUCGACGAGCCAAGCUGCGGAUGUUAUCGUCCCAAAAAGCAAAGGAGCAGAUUAUACGCAUCUGAUAUUGGAAGCUCAAGCCGAGUCUCAUUCAAAGAUUGAGAUGAAUUCAGAUUGUUUAUCAUCGUUAGAUGAUCUUUUGCACGAUGAGUUUAGUCGUGUGGUUGGAUCAAUGAUCUCGGCGAGAGGAGAAGGUAUAGUUUCAUGGAUGGAAGAUGACAAUUUCGUCGUGGAAGAAGACGGAUCUGCUUCAUAUCAUGAGCCUGGAUUCCUCUCAUUGAAUCUAAAUGCUCUGGAAAAGUCGCUAGAGAAAGUGGACUUGCACGAGAGACUCUACAUUGACGCUGAUCUUCUAUCGCUGGCCGAGCUGUGUACAUCCCAAACAAAAGUGAGCCGCAAAGAAGAACCAUGUCACUCACAAACAGCACAAGAGACGGUCACAACGAGGCUAAAAGAGCCGGUUCAACAAGAAUCAUCAGCCCUGGAAGCUGAGUCUCUGGAUCAAGUCAAGGACAUACAAAUACUCUCAGACCAGUCAGAGAAAUCUUCAGCAAUUGAAGCUGAUUUAGAUUUGCUACUCAAUUCCUUUGGUGAAGAGCCUAACACAGUGGCUAAUGCCUCAACUGCAUCCAAUCAGAAUCCUUCUGUUCAAAGAUCUUCAGCUUUUGAAUCAGAGCUGGAUACUCUUCUCAACUCUCAUAGCGGUCCAGAAGCAUUCAACAAACCAGCGAACCAAUCUGAUCAAAAGCUUCACACUACAGGUUUCGAUGACAUGCUUGAUGAUUUGCUCGAGACUACUUCAGUGUCGAUCAAACCAAAGGAGGACCAGACUUCUUCUUCUUCCUCGGUUGGAAAAUCCAAAGUUUUAGAUGAUUUUGAUUCUUGGUUAGACACGAUUUGA